CAGCGGAGGAGCCAUUAUGUGUUUGAGUGCCGAACUGUAAACAACCAUGUUUAACAUUGCAAUUAUAGGUGGUGGAGUAGUCGGAUUAAGUACGGCCAAUGUUAUCCAGGACAGUCUAAAAUCCCUAGCAAAAAUUACAAUUUAUUCGGAAAAUCUGUCUCCGAAUACAACCAGUGAUGUUGCAGCUGGAUUAUGGGGACCGUACCUAUUUUUUGACACAAAUCCAGAUCAAGUUCUAGCAUGGGCAAAAUUGACCCACAAACAAUUUUUAAACUUAUGGAAAAAUGGAUCUGCAAGUGAAGCUGGCAUUAGUUUACAAUCUGUUAAAUCGGUGUCUGGAGCUCCCCACACUCCUUUCACUACACACAUCAAUUUUGGCGAGCAUCCGAUGACACCUGCCGAAGUCGACGAAAUGGGCCAAUUGCUAAAUCAGCAAUUCCAGUCAGGUGUUACAUUUGUCACCUUGGCAUGCGAACCCAUGAAAUACUUACCAUAUCUGCUGCAACGAUUUUUGAGGAAUGGUGGAAUUUUAAAACACCAGAAAGUAAACAGUCUUGAUCAAUUGUCCCAUUAUGACUUAAUUGUGAACUGCUGCGGAUUGGGCGCUUCCAGUUUAAUUGGAGACACCCAAAUGAAGCCGGUUAGAGGACAAAUUAUGCGGGUAAAAGCUCCAUGGCAGUUUACUAGUGCUUUGGUGGGAAGCGUUUAUAUAAUACCAAAUUUGAGUUUUACCAUUUUGGGCGGAACAUCGCAAGUAGACGAUCGCGAUACCACCGUCAGAGACGCGGACACAGCGAAAAUUAUUAAGGGUUGUAAAGAUCUAAUGCCUGCGAUUGAAAAUGCGGAGGUCAUCGAGCAUAAAGUUGGAAUACGUCCCGGUCGCGUAAAGGUUCGUUUGGAACGCGAAACGAUGAGCAUGAACGGAAAACAGAUGCCAGUCAUCCACAAUUACGGUCACGGAGGUUGCGGCAUUACUUUAUCAUAUGGAACAGCAGUAUCUGCUACUGAACUAGUAAAAGAAGCUUUGAAUAUUCCCCCUAUGAGUAAACUUUAAUUAUUGAAAUAGUAACUGUCUGAUGCUAAUGAAUUAAUUAUUACGUAUAA